AUGGCAGCUGUAGAUCUAUAUCAUUCGAGCUUCUCGAAGCAGCUUUUCAGCUACCCGAGCAACCAUACAGCUGAUGCGCCGCAUCAAACAUGGGUCGAUUCAUGGCCGCGGCGUGAGACAGCCGUUAUGCUCAGCCUGAACGUUGUUUCUGGAGUAAUACUUCUGCUUUACCUCUGCCGCAAGCCGUUGCUGCACUUUACUCCACGCUGGCUGAAGCCAUUUGCGCAAGAAGUUGCGCCGUUUCAGGCCAAAAAUCGAAAGUGGACGUUUUGGACGUUAUGUCUUAUGCUUAUUUCUUUGGCUGGGCUGGCAUUGGCUAUCAGCUCUGCCGUUGUUCACUCUCGCCGUACGGCUUCACUUCUUGAGCUUGUGCCCUGGACGGUAGCGGCUCUGCUUACGGUUGUCGAUCUACCUGUUCAAGCUCCGAAGCUGUUGCUUAUGCAAUAUCUACUCAUGACAGCGACGACCCUUGUUCUCCAUGCGAUGCAGUAUCUGAGCUUCAAGGCGAGCUCGCUCGAUUUCUUCCAAGCCAGCCAUUUUACUCUCACAUUACUAGCCAUUGUGGUCAUUGGAAACAUGCCCCUACGCAACCCAUUCUGGGGGGCUCUGGACAUUGGAAACGCCCGCGUUGCUCCUUCAAAUCGUGUCCGCAGCCCAGAAGAUAACCUCACCCUGUUUCAGUUCUGGACCAUGAGAUGGGUAAAUCCUCUUUCGAAAAUCGCCAGCAAGCGUGAGAUUGCCGUCGAAGACGUGUGGCAGCUACCGUAUGAGUUCCAGCAUUGGAGGCUCUAUAUGGCUUUCCGCACACUCAAGGGCAAGCUUCUCCCGUGUCUGAUCGAAGCCAAUGGCCUAGACCUUUUUAUCGGAACUUUUGCUGGCAUCCUGGAGCGUGUUGCCGAAGUUUCCAAUCUUCGUCUUACAAGCAAGCUGUACCAGGCUCUGGACAAGAAUGACCCUGCAGAGGCUGGUCUCUGGUGUGUGGUUAUCCUGACAAUCGACACAGUCCGUCAGAUCGCAAGGACCUCGUCGGGAUGGUACGCGCGCAAAGCCUACGAGCGCAGCCGUGGAGAGACGUUUAUCGGCUUGUUUGGAAAGCUACUCACAAGAGCCGUUCCUGGUUCUGAAAUGACCGAAAAGGAUCCUUCAGCGAAUGUCCAAGAAACAGGCACCUCUCCUGGCCGCUUUGGAAAACUCUCAAAGGUCUUCAAAUGCUUUGGACGCAGCAAACCCAAACAGCCAGAAAAGCCCACCCCAGACCACCAGGCCUCCAACGCAAAGGUCGUCAACCUGAUCCGCGGAGAUACCUACGAGAUAUCCCAGCGAUUCUGGGAGUUCCCACGCGUAGUCGCCACACCGAUCAAAGUCAUCGUGACAAUCUACUACCUCAUCGACAUAAUGGGUUGGCCAUCUUGCGUUGGCUUCGGCUUCAUGGUCAUCUUCCUCAUAUGCAACUCUCUCCUCGUCUGUCAGGUCAUCAAGCUGGAGCGCCAGCGAACCGUCCUCUCGGAUCGGCGCGCCCAGGCCGUUGCGCAUUUUGUCGAGGCUAGUCGCCCGCUCAAACUCAACGGGUGGACGUCUUCAUGGCGCGAUAGAAUCCUGAGGUUUCGCGAUGUUGAGAUGAGGAAGAGGCUUCACAUAUCGAUCGUCAACGCUACUAUUUCCACGAUCAAUGUCUUUGGCGGUGCGGUUUAUCCUUUUGCGAGUAUCUGUCUCUACACGCUUGUUCUCGGCCGUGGUCUGCCCAACGAUGUCAUCUGGCCUUCACUGCAGCUGUUCGCUCAGCUCGAGUCUAGUACCAGGGAGGCAUUCGAUCUCAUCUCUGCGGUAUGGAAGUGCACUAUUCCUGUCGAGCGUGUCAACAAGUACAUGGCCGAACCCGACAGAGAUGAGGAUGCGUUUAGCGGUUCUCAAGAUCGUGACAUUGAAUUUGUCAACGCGUCUUUCUCACGACCCUCGACGGAUCAUCUUGUUCUGAGGGACCUUACUUUGAAGUUCACAACUGGUCUGAAUAUUAUACGAGGAAAGGUCGCUGCUGGCAAAACUAGUUUGCUACUCGCAAUUCUCAAUGAGAUGGAGCAUCGAAGUGGUCUGUUCUCCAGAGCUGAUGAACCAAUUGCGUAUGCGCAGCAGCUUCCAUGGCUACAGAACAAAACCAUCAGAGAGAAUAUCAUCUUCCACGAACCAUUCGAUGCCGAUCGUUACCGAGAGGUUCUUAUGGCCUGUUCACUUCUUCCUGAUCUGAUGGCUUUCCCUAUGGGUGAUCGAACCAAGCUUGAAGAAGGCGGCAUUGGUCUCUCAGGAGGCCAGAAAGCGCGUGUCGCUUUAGCCAGAGCAGUCUACAGCAGUUGUCGUAUCCUCCUACUAGAUGAUCCCCUCGCAGCUUUGGAUCACGAUACGGCCAGUUACAUCGUUCAGUACUUCCUUCGUGGACCUCUCGCCAAGGGCCGCAAUAUCAUUCUUGUCACGCACCGAGAUGAUCUUGUCCUCAAACAUGCUGACCAAGUCGUCGAUAUCACCGAUGGCGUCGCACAUGUGCUCACUCCACAAGAGGUGAAGGAAGAACUCGAGCAUCCCCAUCACGUCAACUCAGAUCCUGCUGAAGAAGUACAGCCACACGAGGCGUCUCACGAUCACGCAUCUGAAGAUGUUGCAGAAUCCAAAGACGUCCCCGAGGAGGUGACCGAAACAGGCUCUAUUCCCCUCAGUAUCUAUCUCAAGUAUAUGGGCGCAGGAGGCUGGCACUUGUGGCUCUCCCUGGCUGCUUUCUACGGACUAUCUCGAUACUGCGAUAUUGCUCGCGCACGUCUGCUGGAAGCUUGGGGCUACGAAUCUACCAGUCUUGAGGGACUCGUUGCAAGCAGCUACUGGGGUCUUCCCAAUCCCAGUCGCCAUCCUCUGCCGUGGUUAUAUGUCCUAGCUGGGCUAUCGAUUGCUCAGAUCGUGGCAUAUGCCUCUGCCCAAGUCCUGCUCGCCUCCAUCAGCAUCCGCGCCGCCCAGACACUAUUCAGAAUCGCCAUCAACAGAGUCAGCAAGGCAUCAUUUCGCUACCAUGACAUCACACCAACAGGCCAGCUCAAGAACCGUCUCAUAUCUGACAUGGGCAUGGUCGACGGCGGAAUCCUCGCACCACUGGAAUCCUUUGUGUUCAACUUCGUCGCUCUGGUCCUGAGUCUCUUUGCCAUCAUGACGCACCAAGCCUUCCUCGUCAUUGUCGUCUUCGUGGUCGCUAUGCUAUUCGCGUACUUUUACCGUAUAUACGUCCCAGCUUCGCGCUGCCUGCGUCGAAUGGAGAUGCGAUACCUAACCCCUAUCAUCGCCAACAUCGGCGUCAUGCAAGAUGGACUCGUCACCAUUCGUGCUCUCAAGGUUGAAGGUCGCUUCCAGGAUAGACACUUGGAAGCCGUCGACGACUUUCAGAAGCACGAUCAUUUCUUCUGGAGCAUGACUUUCUGGCUCGACUUCAGACUCGGCAUGUCAUCAGCCAUCAUGCGGACCAUCCUGGUUCUCUCCAUGGUAUAUAUGGGUACUCCAGCCAGCGCAGUCGGUUUUGUCCUGACUCAAACCAACAUUGCCAUGAUCGCUGUCCAACAGCUAUGUGAGAAGUUCGCAGCGCUUCAACUCGACGCUGUUUCACUUGAGCGAGUUGAUGCUCUGAAUCGAGUGCCAGAGGAACCCAGCGGCGACAUGGAGCCUCCCCAAGACUGGCCCAGGCCUUGCGACAGCGUUUGCUUCAAAUCCAUGUCUUUCAAAUACGCGGAUGACCUUCCUUCCGUAAUCGACGACGUAUCGUUCGAAAUACCCGGUGGUUCAACCUGUGCCGUCCUCGGUCGAACAGGGUCUGGCAAAUCUACCAUCGCCAACGCAUUGCUCGCAACAGAAACACCAGCCUCUGGUACUGUGACGAUAGGAAGCAUUGAUCUUGCAAAAGUCAACCGCACAGCGCUGCGUAACCGCGUCACCUUCAUCCAACAGGACCCUAUUCUCUUCCCAGGCACGCUCCGUGACAACAUCGACCCGGUUUCCAAAUUCUCAGAGCAAGAGUGUACAAACGCCAUCCACCGCGUCCUCGGUGACGACUGGGGCCUUGACUCUCGCAUCGAUGCGGGUGGCAAGAACCUUAGCCAGGGCCAGAGGCAGCUCGUGGGCAUCUGUCGAGCUGUCCUGCGACGGAGCGGGCUUGUCAUCCUUGAUGAGGCGACGGCGUCGAUCGACCGUGGCACGGCUGCUACGGUGCAGCGCAUCUUGAGGCAAGAGCUGAAGGAGAGCACUGUCAUAACUAUUGCGCAUCGUCUUGAGGCUGUCGAGGAUGCGACGUGGUGCUUGAGGCUUGACAGGGGACGAGUGGUAGAGUGUGGGCCGGCGAAGAAUCUGGGGAGAGGUCCUAGGGAGGCGGAUACAUAA